AUGUCGCACCACUAUGCUCAGUCCGUACGAACUAGUUUAAUCUGGAGCUACAGUAAAGAGACAGAUAUUACUCGUCUUAUUGAUGUUAUUCAAGAGUUUGGCGUUCCGUCAUAUAAAUACCGUGUGUUGCUAGACGAAUUAUUUGAAAGCGGUGUAACGGAUGAUAAUAUUAUGGACAACUAUAUUACUGAUGAUAUCCACGAAUAUCUUACGACCCCGACAAUAUCAGACAACGCAGCAAAUAGUGUGACUGAGACGGAAGGUGAAAAUUCAGACACUUCUGCAGAUGCAAAUUUAAUAUCAGACACUGAAACAAAUGAUGCAACUGAGAUGGAAGGGAACUGA